AUGUUGUUUCGCUCCGUCAUGGCGGCGGCGGCGGCGGCAGCACUUCAUGUCGCCCUCGGCCAGGAGCUCAUGCGGUUCGGGUGCUCGCAGCUCGUCGUGGACCGGCUGGACCCGCUGGUCAACCCGGGCCAGCGUCCCUCGCCGCACAUGCACCAGAUCGUGGGCGGCAACUCGUUCAACGCGUCGAUGCCGGCGGGCGAGUUCGACCCGGCCGGGCUGUCGACGUGCACGAGCUGCACCUACUCGGAGGACUUUUCCAACUACUGGACGGCCAACGUCUACUUCCGGGCGAGGAACGGGAGCUUCAAGCGGGUGCCUCAGGUCGGCAACCUCGGGCUCAACAUCAAGGGCGGCAUCACCGUCUACUACAUCCGCGGCUACCAGGCUUCGGCCAGGGUCACGGCCUUCAAGCCGGGCUUCCGCAUGCUGGUCGGCGACCCGCUCAACAAGAAGGCGGCCACCCAGCAGCGCCAGCUGUGCUUCCGCUGCGAGGCCAACAUGCAGCAGUCCCCCUUUGGCGGCGCGCCCUGCACCGGCGCCGACACCCAGGAGUUCCCCAAGCAGCCCUGCGGCGGCGGCUGGCGCGUGUCGGUGCACUUCCCCAGCUGCUGGGACGGCAGGAACGUCGACAGCCCGGACCACAAGAGUCACGUCGCCUACCCGCAGCAGGGCACCUUCGAGAGCGGCGGCGCCUGCCCCUCCACCCACCCCGUCCGGAUCCCGCAGCUCAUGUACGAGGUCAUGUUCGACACGCGCCAGUUCAACGACAGGUCGCUGUGGCCGACCGACGGCAGCCAGCCCUUCUUCUGGAGCAACGGCGAGCGGACGGGGCUCGGCAACCACGGCGACUACAUCUUUGGCUGGAAGGGCGACGCCCUGCAGCGGGCCAUGGACUCCAAGUGCGCCAACGAUCGCUGCCCGGCCCUGCAGCGCCAGACCGAUCAGCAGGCCCAGGCUUGCACCAAGGAGAGGGCCGUCAAGGAGGAAGUCGGCGACGUGUGGCUGCAGGAUAUUCCGGGCCAGACGGCCGAGAACUACUUGUGA